UCUAGUUGAAUCUAUUGUCACCGGUGGAUGUCUCGUACGUCUUUGACUUUUUGAACGUGCAUAGAUUCGAUUAGUUGGCGGUUUGUAAAAGUUCGUCAAAUAAUAACCGGAUAUCCCGGUUAGCGAGCGUUUAAAGUAUAACGAGAAGCAGCGUUACGCUCUUCGAGAAAUUACUCGCUCAUUAAGGUCGAUAAGUUGUCUGAAUAGCACGGUUCAAGAACCAGGAGCGCCAGUAAAGACAGCUACCGCAUCAGCCGAGUAUCGUCGAAUCGCACGCUCAGAGAUCGCGAUUCGCAACGAAUACCGCAAAAACCAAUUACGCAAACGCCUCAGAUUCUUUCGGAAAUUUGUAAAAAUAUGCGUUCUUCCACCAUAUUUAUCUCGAAGCUUCUGCUAUGGACUCGGCUGUUGGUCGUCGUCGUCGCUUUACCAACUCUGGGUUACAUCGAUCGACAUCGCUUAGAGACUUACGAGGACCUGUCCGAAGAAACGAGCGAUUUCGACGUUUUCGAUAAUCUGACUUUCCGAUUUUCCUGCGAGGGUAAACCGGUCGGUUUGUACGCAGACCUGGACUACGAUUGUCGAGUUUUCCAUGCCUGUGACGACUUAGGCAAAGGUUUCCCCGUAAUUUGUCCAAACAAUACGUUGUUCGAUCAGAGAGAACGCGUGUGCAGCGACGAAGAACACGUUGACUGCGAUCGUGCGAACGAAUGGUUCUAUUUAAACGAGCUACCUUUCUCCGUGGAAGCGACGGAAGAAAAUCACACCCUGUCGGAGGAGAAAGAAGAGAUACCUUCUGUGCUGCCCCUUCUGCUAGCGUGACGCCUAAGAGAUUAAGACGUCGCAUAAGUAUUACUUUGCGUUUACGUUUAUCGAGAACGUGACGAGUUUAUGCCUGCGAAAUUUCUAUAUGGUAAUAAACGCGCGUCUCUUAUGAAAUCAACGUUCAACCUAGCUAUUACAUAUACAGUGACAAGUAUGCAAUUACGUACACAUAUUUCCGACGAUAUAUUUUACUUAUAUUUUUGCCUAAAACGAUAUGUAUUCCUGUGAUAUAAGUUUAGAAAUAAAUAGUAUAACGAUGGAUCGCCGGAACACCGGCUUAAUAGGCUGAUCGUAUCUUUUUCUGUGCUUUAACGGCGGUAGUAAUCGUUUAAUAAUAUGAAAUACGUGGCAGCCCAACAUUCACCCAAUUACCUAUCUGAAGCACCGAUCUUUGUGA